CAACAGCGAUAGCUGGUGUCUAUAACAGUGUCACUGACGCAGCAGUUUAGCUUGUUUUUCUUUCUUGAAAAAAAUCAACUCUGAAUAUCUCACGGUCAAGAUGGUCAGGUCAACUCAAAUCGCCAGAAUCGAUGGCUUGAUGUUGGCAGCGUCGGUGGAUGAUGAACAGUCAGAGGUGGAACUGUCAGAGAUCAAGUCUCAGGCCAAGAUGAUAUUCCGUCGCUUGAACCGCAAUUCAGAGCCGCAGGCGAGCAUUGAAUCCGGCCAGUUCAGUCUACACUAUAUCAUCCAAGACGAUAUCUGCUUCCUCUGCAUAUGCGAUCGCUCCUACCCCCGCAAGCUUGCGUUCACUUAUCUCGCCGACCUGGCGACCGAAUUCACCACCACCUACUCGCCGACACAGUACCAAUCCCCCACCCUGCGACCGUACGCCUUCGUGGAGUUUGAUACCUUCAUUCAGCGGACCAAGAAGCUUUACCAGGACAGUCGUGCGUCGGCGAACCUGGACCGGUUGAAUGACGAACUCCGGGAUGUGACAAAAGUGAUGACCAAGAACAUCGAGGAUCUACUGUACCGUGGUGAUAGCUUGGAACGCAUGGGAGAGUUGUCCGGCCGUCUUCGGGAAGACAGCAAGAAGUACAGGAAAGCGGCUGUCCGCAUCAAUUGGGAGCUGCUUGUCAAGCAGUACGGCCCCUUCGCAGGCGUCGGCUUCAUUCUCCUUUUCAUGAUCUGGUGGCGCUUCUUCUAAUGUCUGCGCUUGGUAGCCACAAAUUUGUAUACCCACUAAUAUGAAUGUAUGCAUAGUUAAUGUCUUCGGUGGAUGCAGGACACCAUCGUCCUUGGCUCAGAACUCG